AUGAGCGCAGCGUUUCGCGUUCCGUGGCGGGCAUUCAAGAUUGAUCCCGCCACAGUGAUUGGGAAACCCUCCAAAGCCUCGAUAUCUGGAUCCUCGUUUCUUCUGGCCUCAAACUCGCCUCUACAACCGUCAUCUUCUCCAGGAGCAAUCAAUCUAUCGUCAUGGAGUCAUGCACAGUCCUCCCAGGGCUUGACCCUCGCCACUCGUCGCUGUUUCUCCAUGAGGGCUUCUCCUCUCUUGUCUGCGGAGACUGAGAGCCAACCCAAGUUCGGAAAGAAAUCGAAUUCGAAUGGAGCGCAGCGGAGCGCUCUCAAAUGGUUUAUUAUCGGAAGUGUCCUUGGUUUAGGCUCAGUGACGUUCUCCGACCAGUUGCAACAUGCUUACGAGGCGGCGAAGAGAAGUGGUCGAGUUGCUGGCGCAUUGGCUGUUUGUAUCAAUGAUUACCGUGUUACCCUGAAACAAGACGCCUCGACCCCCGAAGAAUACGAUACCCUCAUUCGCGCCUGCCACAAGCGUUGCGCCGAGCGUACCCUCCGUGUAUUGGAAAAGAAUGGAUCGGUUUUCAUCAAGUUGGGUCAGCAUCUGAGUAGCAUGGGCUACCUGCUCCCUAUCGAAUGGACCACGACCUUCAUUCCGCUCCAGGACAGAUGCCCCGUCUCGUCAAUUGAAUCGAUCGCCGAACUGUUCCGCAAGGAUACAGGCCAGGAUAUGAACGAACUGUUUUCCUCUUUCGAACCUAUACCCAUCGGUGCUGCAUCGCUCGCCCAGGUACACAUCGCCACUCUGAAGGAAACCGGACAGAAAGUCGCAGUCAAGGUCCAGCAUCCCGCGCUGGACGAAUGGGUGCCGUUGGAUCUUGCCCUAACCCGAUUCACGUUCUCAAUGCUCAAGCGCUUCUUCCCGGACUAUGAUUUGGAGUGGUUGUCCAAGGAGAUGGAUUUAUCGCUGCCGCAAGAGUUGGACUUCCGCAUGGAGGCCCAGAAUGCCACCCAUGCUAGCGAAUACUUCAAGAAGCACUCCGAUGCCCCUCUAGUUAUCCCCGGAGUGAUGUGGUCCCAAAAGCGCAUUCUUGUCAUGGAAUUUAUUGCCGGCCGCCGCCCUGACGACCUCGAGUUCCUCGACGCCAACAACAUCGACCGCGACGAAGUCUCCGCUGCCCUCGCGCACAUCUUCAACGAAAUGAUCUUUGGCGACAACGCCCCGCUCCACUGCGAUCCCCACGGCGGCAACAUCGCCAUCCGCCCGAACCACACCCGCUCGCACCCCAACUUCGACAUCGUUCUCUACGACCACGGACUAUACCGCAACAUUGACCGCGAACUGCGCCGCAACUACGCCAAGUUGUGGCUAGCCGUUAUCGACGCGGACGUGCCACGGAUGCGCGAGUACGCAUACAAGGUCGCAAACGUCACAGACGAGUACUUCCCGCUCUUUGCCAGUGCAAUCACCGGUCGAGAUUUCAGCGUGCUGAAACAGAAGAACGUCGUUUCUUUGCGCACCGCCGAAGAGAAAAAAGAGAUUUCGGGUGCUCUGGGUGAAGGCAUGCUGCAGCAGCUGGUUGUUUUGCUAGGCCGAGUUCCACGAAUCAUCCUUCUGAUUCUGAAGACGAAUGACCUGACCCGCAGCUUAGACGAAAACCUACACACUCGCCAGGGUCCCAUGCGCUCGUUCCUUAUCCUCGCCCGAUACGCCACACGCACCGUCUUCGAAGAACAACUGGAAUUCAUCAACGAGACUGGCGGUGUUUUCCGCAACUUCUUCCGUUACUUGUGUGCAUACGGAAGCUACCUCCGCGUCGAGAUCAAGUUGUCUGUCUAUGAAUCCUUGCUGUCUUUGAAGUCUCGUUUCGGUCUCCGAAGCGUGUAA